UUUGCCGUCGUUCAUAUAAAGUGAAAAUGAAAAAACGUGUUUUUACUAUAUUCUUUUUAGGGCUUGUCUGUAUUUCUUACGCAGAAAAUGUGAAAAAGAGCGUCGAUAAUUUACGAGCCGACGUGAACGACGACAUUGGCGACAACGAUGAGGCUAAAGAUGUAGCUAUGGAGAUUCCGGAAAUCGAACCAGAAAACAAAACCAGAAUUAAUCUAUGCAGUGCUAGAAGGCAAAGCAAUAAUAUGCAUCCUAUUCAAAACGCGACUGCCAAACAGUUCCCCUUCAUGGCUGCAUGCUUAUCUCUUAGUGACGUACAUAUAUGUUCUGGCACGGUAAUCGCCAAUGGCUUGAUACUAACCACGGCUUCAUGUAUCCAAAAGCAAAUCAAUGCCGUGUUAGUGAAUACAAUAUCUUCUAGGCGCACCGCCCAAGGAGCAAUUCGAAUCAGUGUGAUUAAAACUGAAAAAUUCCCAAGUUACAACGGUGAAGAAUCUCUUAAUGAUGUUGGAAUUGUUUAUACGCAUAAAUUUAAUUCUUCAGUUGCCUCCAAGAUUAAACUAAGCAACUACACUUCCGCCCAGAACCUCGUAGACAUGGAGAUUUUCGGAUUUGGGCUGAACGAACAGUCCGGUUUCGCAGAGCAACUUCAAUAUGCUGGUGUGGAGCAUCGUUUUUCGGGAAACCCCGGUAAUAAGCUGAAUGUUUUCAUCGACUGCAUUGAAACGAAGCAGCCGACUUGUUUCACCGAUUACGGUGGCCCUGCUAUUUUUGGAAAUGAACUAGUAGGCGUAAUAAUAAAGGGUUCUGAUCAUUGUAUUCAAGAAAUAUCGCCUAAUUAUGCUAUAAACAAGGAAAUGGCUACUGUUUUGCCAACUUACAGCUUCAAAGCUUGGAUAGACGAAAAAAUAAGGGAGGAGGAGGAAAAAAACAUUGUUUCAAUUCCUACGUUCCCACAAAAACUAGUCGGAAUUGAAGAAUCUAAAACCAAGAAGGUCUCAUCUGCAUUUAAUUCUGUAGCUUGUGUUUAUACUAUUUUUCUACUUUGUAUGUUUCCAUUCUACUUUAAUUGA